AAUAUAAUUCACAAGUGUAUAUAUAACUUAAUAUGAUUCUUCAUAAAAAAAAAAGAAAGAAAAAACUCAAUAUGAUUCAAGUAUAACUUAUUAAUUCAAUUGACUCUGGAAACUCACCAUCAAAAAAGGCCAGAAGAGACUUCCAAGAGCCAACAACAAAAAAAAGCGUAGCUCGGUGCACUAAAGCUACCGCUAUGCGCGGUGUUCAGGGAAGGCCACCAUAAGGGUGUAUUGUACAGAGCCUCGCCUUGCAUUUCUGCCAGAGGUUGUUUCCAAGGCUUGAACCCGUGACCUCUUGGUCACAUGACAGCAACAUUGUUACUUAUCAAGUUGAAAGGACCCUUAAGAAGUUCUAUGCAAAUCAAAAUAAAAUUGUAUGACUUGAUUAUGGUAAGUAGAAUAGGCUAGUUUGGCCAAGCUAUCGGCUACCUGGUUGCACUCUUUGCAUCAGCUAGGCUGCUCCUCAGUCUGCCUGGGGUGCCCCGGUCGAUUUUUGAUCCAAAACACACUUGACCCUGGGCCCACCCUCGGAACCGUGAGCUAUAACAUUCCGAUUUAGCUCGAAAAUGCUCCGUUCAUGCUUUUUCGCCCGUUUGACCACCCAAAUGACCCCGCUGACCCACACUAGGCCACUCCUCACCGUACCUGGGGCACCGCGGUCGAUUUUCGUCCCAAAACAUGUCCAGGAGCCCACCCGAAACCGUGGGCUAUAGCAUACCGAUUUGGCCUGACUCAUCCACUUCACAGUGGGUAGCUUGCAUCUCUGAGGCCAAAUAUUUCUAUUAUAAUUAUAUUUGAUGAAGUCUAUUUACCUUAAGUCUUUGCAUUUGAAUAACUUAAUAUGAUGUAGAACUUCUAGGUGUGUUAUAUCUCAUAAAUGAAGUCUUUGUUGAGUCUUUAUAUUAGAAUAUCUCAAGAUACCAGACUGGUCAAUUUUAUAUAUAUGGUGUGGCCAUUUGUUGUUGAUAUUAAAGUAUCCAAUGAACUUGAGAUUCCUUUGCUACCUAUAACCUUCCCCAGCAACAAAUAUCAAAUACCAGGUAUCUCUAUCCAUCAAGGCCAGAACAGAUAGGAAGAAAUACCAAUUUCGUUGACCACUGGACCUCACCUUUGGAUGCUACUAGCUAAAAAAAGGGCAAUCGGUGCACUAAAGCUCCUGCUAUGCGCAGGGUUCAGGGAAGGGCCUCACCACAAGGGUGUAUUAUACGCAGUCUUACCUUGCAUUUCUGUCAGAGGCUGUUUUCUGGACCCCAUCUUGGAUGAGUCUGAAAUUGUUUUCCUAUAUAAUGUUUCAUCAAGAAAGAAAGCAAAAGACAUACCAAGUAUCAUAAUUUUGGAUAAUAACCCAAACAAAAAAGAAUGGCGGAGAUAGCGAUGGCCAUAAAUGUUGCAAAUAAACUUGCAAGUAUACUCCUGCCCAUGAUGUCUGUGACAAGAAGGAUGAUGGUGCCGUUACCAGAGGCGGAGUCAGACGGUAAUGAUCAAGAAGAAAAAGCUAAGAGAGAUGAAAGAAUGGUUGAAAAUAUUAUGAAGGCAGCUGAAAUACAUUUAGUUGUGGCAGCUCUAUUAAUGACAGUGACCUUCACAGCUGGUUUUACGUUACCAGGAGGUUUUGAAAGCGAUACUAAUAGUCCUAAUAAAGGGAUGCCGAUUCUAUUAAGAAGAGCUGCAUUCCGUGCAUUUGUCAUUUUGGAUGUCAUCGCCUUUACGUGCUCCACUGCAGCUGUAUUCGCCUACUUUCUCAUGGCAACAAAGUCAAUAUCAUCUGCAAGAACAGAGCUAAAAGCUAUUAUCCGGCUUUACAAUAUGGCAAUUCUGUUGCAGCUUCUUGCGAUGACGGCAGUCGUAAUUGCAUUUUCGACUGUCCAUACAAAUAUCAAUAAUAAAAUGCAAGGUAAGGCUGCGUACAAUACAUCUUUUUGGUGGGACCCUUCCCCGGACACCACACAUAGCGGUUGUUUUGUGAGACAACAUGUUAUCGAGCAAGAACUAGCAAAAGUGCAGGAGGAGAUCCCAUAGUAUAAGAAAAGUGUCAGGAUGCGGAAGAUCCAAAGUUGCUAAUUCUGAAAGAGCUAGAUAGCACUAAGAGACUUAUAGAAGAGUUGAAACUCAACCUAGAGAGAGAAUGAGAAUGAGGCUCAUGCUACUUUCUCAGUUGGUAGUACUCAUGUUGACCGGAGGCUUCAUCAGAUGUUCGUUGGUGAUAGGGAGAUAGAAUACCCUCCUAACUCCAAACCAGACGUUAGAAUUGAAAGCUGUGUUGAGAUCAAAGGGUACUAAUUCUAGUAUAUUAUUAAAAAAUAAAUUAUUAUUUUGAUAUAUCCAAAUAUCAUUCAACUUGCUCA